UGCUCUAAUAUGUGUGUGCUAGCUCUACAAAAACACAACCCCCUCCUACUUUACUUCUUCAUAUAUUCAAAUUUCUGGUUUACUAGGCAAAAAGGCAAAAGAAAAAAACCUCCCUCAAAACACAAGACACACUAUCCCACGAUUGUGCGUGUGGUUUGUGUCUGUUUUUGUGUGUCUUUGUGUGUGUGACUGUGAGAGAGAGAGAGAGAGAGAAGAGUGUGGUGGCCCAUCUUAACAUAUGGCUCACCGUCUUUGAGGAUACAAGUAAAUAAGAUGAGAAAGAGACUAGUCUCCAGACCAAAGACAGCAAGAGAGAGAGAGAGAGAGAGAAAAUAGAAGGUGAAGUGUUAGUGUUAUCUACAACCAUCUUAUAUGGUUUAUACGGGCUUUUGGUUUUAUCUUCAAAGAAAUGAAAUCAAACGAACGAGAAACCAGAUCAUCACCACCAGUUGGAAGCUCAUGUGCUUUGCAUUAAACGAUAUAUAUAAAGCCAUCCACUCUCUUUAUAAAGAAUUCGGGUACCCUCCAAAAGAAUUUAUGUUCGCUUCUUGGCUUUUGCUACCCCAAAACCAUUGUUUUCUUCCUUGUACUGUCUGAAACCUUUGAAACUUCGCUGUUUUCUUCUGCUCACACUGCUUAGCUUUAUAUCCUUUCCAAUAUAGUAGCCUAAAUCUCCACUUUCCCCCCCUUUUUUUUUUCUAAUAUGCAAAUGAUGCCCGGUGACCCCUUUUCCUUAUCCACUUCCAUCGGAGGCUUCACUCAAGAUCAGCAAAACACAAACCCUAACCCUAAACCUAAUGCUCCUCCCAAGAAGAAGAGAAACCUUCCGGGAACACCAGAUCCAGAUGCCGAGGUCAUUGCUCUAUCCCCGAAGACCCUCAUGGCCACAAACCGAUUCAUAUGCGAAAUAUGCAACAAAGGGUUCCAGAGAGACCAAAACCUUCAGCUUCAUCGAAGGGGUCACAACCUUCCGUGGAAGCUAAGACAAAGGUCCAACAAAGAGGUGAGAAAGAAGGUUUAUAUCUGCCCUGAACAAACCUGCGUCCACCACGACCCUGCAAGAGCACUCGGCGACCUCACUGGCAUCAAAAAGCAUUUCAGCAGAAAGCACGGCGAGAAGAAGUGGAAGUGUGAAAAGUGCUCCAAGAAAUACGCAGUCCAAUCAGAUUGGAAAGCUCACACCAAAACCUGUGGAACUAGAGAAUACAAAUGCGACUGUGGCACCCUCUUCUCCAGGAAGGAUAGCUUCAUUACUCAUAGAGCGUUUUGCGAUGCAUUGGCUGAAGAGAGUGCGAGGCUCACAGCAGUUACAACAACAACUCUAAAUUUCAAGAGUGAAGAGGGUGCUAAUAAUGUGAUGAACUCGCAGCAGCAUGGUUUGGGAGGACAUGGACUAAUUGGAGCACAACAAAGUCUUCAAAAUGUUUCUGGCAUUCCAAAAUUCGGACCACAUAGUUUUCGUUUGGAUUUCAAUGGAAUGGAACAACAGCAAAGGCCAAGUUUAUCACUAUGGUUGAACCAGGGGAAUCCCCAGAUGAAUCAUAAUAAUAAUAACAUUAAUAGCAGCAAUAGUACUUCCAAUGUGGGACCCAAUUACAUGUCAGCAUGCUCUUCUUCAGGUUUGCCUGAGAUUGUGCAAAUGGCUCAGGCUAAUGCUAUGAUGGGUUCUUCAUCGAUGGUGUCCAAUUUUGGAGUUCAUCAUGCGGGUUCUAAUAAUUCAAGCAGUGCAAAUCUUUCACUAGGGAAAAGAGGGGAAGCAGGUGGAAGUACUGUAGUGGACAUGGCUUCUAUUUAUAACAACUCUGAGGGUCAAAACAAGAAUUCAAAGCCUGCUUCACCUAUGUCAGCAACUGCGCUUCUUCAGAAAGCAGCGCAAAUGGGUUCCACCAGAAGCACCAACCCUUCCAUUUUCAGUGGUAGUUUUGGAGUGAUUAACUCACCUUCCUCCCAAACUACCAGUCUCAAUAAUAACAACAACAAUGGUGAUGCAGCCAUGAUGCUGGGAAGUAACACUACUACUACUACUACUGUUGCUGCAAAUGCAAAUGAUCACUUUAGCUCAUUGACGCAUUCAUCAAACAGUUUUGACCAACUUGUGAUGCAAGUCAAUGGGCAGUUGCAAAGUGAGCCAGUGAAGUUGAAGCUUCAUUCUAAUGCUGUGGAGAACAAUUUGACAAGGGAUUUUCUCGGUGUGAGUGGUGGAGGAGGUGGUGGUGGACCUCAGUACCUUUCCCAAGAGCUUGCAAAGUUUGCUUCCAUAAAUUCACCAAUGGGGUUGAUCCAAUUCACUAGCAACCAAUGAACGAACACGUUUCGUUUAUGAGCUUGUAAGAUAAAACAUCAAACUUCAAAGGUUUGGUGGAGGGAGAAUGAAUGAAUUGGAGGGUACACCACUGUGAGAGAUUGCUCGAUCAUGUUGUGAGUGGGGGGCCCAUACUUCUUGAACGAAAAGAGAAUAUCGAACACCACGAGUCGUGCAUGUUCUCCCAAAUUGUUGUUAUUGUUGUUGUUUUUAUCUUCUGUCUUAAACCAUGUUAUCGUUUUUGGCUUCUCUUUUCCUUGAGAGAAAUGAAGGGAGGCAUAAAAUAAUGAAAGGAAUUCUUAGUAGAUAA